GUCUGUUCACCCAUCUGAGGCCACCAUCGGAGAAGGGCAAAGGCAUACAGCAAAGCCCAAAUACAGAGGCUUCCCAAUUUGACCUUUUCGUCCCUGACUCGCCGUGUGACGAGGAUGACCUUCUCAUUGAUGAAAUGAGAUCGACACCAAGAUAUAUCACAGGGGCCACUCUCCUCAGUCAACAAAUGAAUACCCAGCCACACUGGGCUGUUGAUUUGUCAAAGGGAACUGGGCAGGGGCCCGGGCCUGGCAGGAGAUCUCAAAUUCCUUCGUCGACUUAUAACAAGGACAUUACGAGCCUCCCAUCAUGAUCCAACUUUGACAGCACCACUAAACUCUGUGACCUAUUCACGUCGACUCCAGGUAUGGCCAAACCUCCUAAGCUGCCGAAACUGGAGCGCAUUGAGAUGACAUGUUUAGGCCGCCCAACAUCCUCAAUGACUCGCAACAUGCAGGUGCUGAUGCAGGAUUCCGUUACUCAAAGUCGUCCAAAGAGGAAUGUCCUUAGGCAGGCCACGCGAGGCCGUGGGCAUGGUCAUCGCAACAACAACGCUAUUGAUCCCGCCGAACCCAAAAUCCCAAAGACAUACGAAAUGGUGUUCAGGCCAUUUCACAGUAUGGAACUCUCGUUGCAGGAGUGCAAGUUAGCAGCAUACAUUUUCGGUAAAGAACUUCCACUUGAGGAGAUCUUGUUUAAGUAUUCAUUCUUCGACUUACCUCGGGCACUAUUCAUGUCACUGUCACCCCCAGAGACCCCUUGUCUUGAUGUAAGUCACCCAAACUGCUAUCUGAAAGCAAACUUUGUACCUUCAACCACCGUGUUUAUAGAUAAUCAACGUUCGGCGUGGUUGCAGAUAAUUAACGCGGCAUGUCUGAUGGCGUCAGUUCGAGCACGAAAGAGCAAGACUCCGUGUUCCUGGUAUAUGUCAACUAACUUUGCAACGGAUAUUCUGCUUGACACCCUAGUAAGUGAGCUUGCCCAACAUUACCAGCCGAAGUGGAUGCAUGAGACAAACCAACUGGAACACGUCUAUGUGCCUGUUUGGGAGGCCAUUGAUACGUGCUAUAUGCUGUUGUUAGAUGUCAAGGGUGCAAGAUUGUACGUCCUAGACGUAAGCAAAAUUCCUGAGAGUAUUGUCCGUCGAGAGGCUAACAUGCGGCGCAUAUGCCAUGUCCUCGGUAAAAUCUUCUCCGUGGAUAGGAAUAUUGCUAACUUCAGACAUACAAAUCCAGACCUUUCUAAUUGGGGUUCCUUCCAGUAUCCUAAAGCCAUUCCAAAAGUAGUGGAUAACAAGGAGUCAUCUACGUGGCUACUGUACUGGCUGCAGCAGGAAGGAGGAUUUUCCACUCGAAUUUUUGCUCCCAUGAUCCACUCGAAAGCUGUCAGGAUGAGGACUGCUACUAGCAUUGCUAGCUGUGAUGCAAAUGAACAUGCAUGCUUCAUAGAUGUUAAAGCCGAGCUGCUUUAGCGUGAUCUCAUGGAUUGCACCGAGUAAAGUCGUCCCCUUUGAUCCCUCUCUAUUUUGAUAACCAUGCGACUUGUAUUUUUUGCCUUCUGGAUGUAUUUUGAAUAUAGAUGUCGAAAGCAUUCCAUUCUACCACUCAGGAAUAUGCUAAUGUUGUCAGUGACAUUAGGCUUCAGUUCUUAGUUCUUGUGAUGUCAGUAACUAGCUUGCCUCUAUUUUGGAUUUAGGAUUACUACAGGCAGUUUAUGUACGAGCAUAGUAACAUUGGGCACAAAGCCGCAGAUUUCGCAUGUAUGGAUGUAAGUUGUAUGUGAACGUGGCAUGAUUUAUCAUACUACUCUAUAGCUAGUCUAGUUUUUUCCAAA